AUUUUAUUCUAAAAACAGCCUAAAAGUAGCUAUCAACCAUGAUGAUUAGGCGAAAAGAAAUGCUACACGUUCCGUGUGCAGUGAAGCUCGGUGGUUCAGGGGCGGUUUAAAUACAUGGUUAGGAAAGGAUGGAGGAAGGGAAAGGGUAACGUACGGAUUUGAUUGAUUUCUCAUGGUAUAGGGUUUUGAACAGACUAGCUAGGAGACUGGUCAGUGACAGGUCAGGCGUGCUAUCGUACAGGCAGAUCUUAUGCUGAUCGAGGAUCGAACGGGAUCGAAAAAUAUAUUGAUCGCAGCUUUCAACGCCUUAAGUCUCUCUUCUUCUUCGUUUGUCAACAAUUUGGCCGCCGGACGAUGGUUAAUAAAAUCUGGUGCCAAGAAGGAGCAAAAAAAUGGUUUUUUAAGGAAAAUCAACCAUUGCAUCCACGAGUUUUGUCCGAACCAAAAUGUCAGAAAUAUGUAGCCACCUGGUAUCUAUUAUAUCGUUGGUUAAUUUUUAUGGCCUGGGCUUGCAUUAUCAUAUGUUCAAUUUUCGAAUUUGGUAGUUACAAACCUAUGUUAGCGUAUGAUAAAUGGCCAAUUUACAUGACCAACUGGGAUUUAGUAUUAGGAUUUACUCAAGCUUUACUUGGCGGUUUUCUCGUAUUGAGAAGAUGGAAUCUGCAAAAAGUAUCGGGCUUCGAUCCUUCUACGCUAAUGCUAGGAUCGAUGGACAAAGUUUAUUUGUUCCUUUAUGUUAUAACUACUAAUACAGCGAUUGUAAUUACGAUUACUUAUUGGAGUAGCAUAUAUGAUCCUACAAUUCAUUAUUUGGAUCCUUUAAAUAUUAUGUUACACAUAUGUAACAGUAUUUUAAUGAUAAUAGAUUUUUGUAUCACGAGCAUUCCGUUUAGAUUAAGGAACUUCUGGUGGUGUUUAAUUUUAGUUAUUUUGUACAUUAUAUUUUCAGUAAUAUAUUAUUUAGUUGGUGGUGUAGACAAGAAUGGUUACCACUAUAUCUAUAAAAUUCUUGACUGGAAAAAACCCGUUCAAGCUUCAUUGGUAUGUAUAGGUGAAGCUGUUUUAAUAACCAUAUUGCAUUCUUUAAUGUGUUUCUUAGAUAUAAUAAAGAAUAGAUUGUAUUUGAAAAUUGACAAGAAAUUAGGAAGACCAUAUUUAGAAACCCAGAUGUCUAGAAGAGAAAAAAAUAUCGAUAUUGUUUAAAAUUUAGCGAUAAUAGGCAAUUUUUUAUAUAUAAUUUUAAAACGUAUUAUUUGUAUUUUACAAUUAUAUAUUUAAAAAUUGUAGUUUCUUAUAUACUUUUUUAAAGAUAAAUUAAUUUUUUUAAUUACAAAAUAGCGUAAAGGAAAAUGAAAGUGAUUUUCUUACAUUCUUUAAUAAAUAUUUAAUAAGACUUCGACAAUAAAUAUAUAUACGAAAUUGUAAAACUUAAAAAUGUACGUUUGUGUAUUUAUGAUUUAUAUAAUUGUAUUUAUAAUUAUAUUAUUACAAAAUAAUAUUCCUCGAAUUAUUUUUAAAUAAAGUUUAAGUUGAUAUAAAUUGAAUUUAAACAAAUAAAUCAUAUAUACUACGACAAAUAAUUUAAUUGUUAGUUACAAAAAUUGUAGAUAGAAUUGUAGCAAUAUAAAAAUUUAUUAUAAAGAAAAUAAUGUAUUAAACAUAUUUUUAAUACACGCACACAUACACGCAUUUAGUUUAGUUAGAUGAAAUUUGUAUUUUGUCAACUUUUUUUUAAUUAUUGUAUACCAAUCUUAUAAAAACAUUUUAAUUUUUUUCAUUUACAUCUCAGUAUAUUUUAAUUUUAAAUUGAGAUUAUUGAAUUAUAUUAUUAUACAAUUAGUAAAAAUUCUCAAUGUAUGAAAUGUAUAGCAUAUAAACUACUCACAUCCUACAAUAUGUAUAUUCAAUAUCUUAAUUCUAGUAAACGAAUUUUAUUAUACAUAUUUAUAUACAUAAGGUUUUAGGAAUUUUAUAUACAAUAGAAGAACAAUGAAUAAACUUUUUGGAAAAAUAGCAACAAUUUAUUAAUAAAAUAACGAUUUGAAGCAAUUAUGGACUGUAGUAUAAAUGAAUGUAAGGCUAAACAAGCCUUUGAUCACAGACCAUAUUAAAACUUAUCCUACAUUAAAAGAUAA